GGGCUUUAGGACCCAUCCGCGCGCUGCUCCAGUCGUCCAUGGCUUUGUAUGUUUACAGUGAGAAUUGUAUGGCAGGAAUUUUCUAACAUCAAAUAUUUAAACAUAAUUUGCAUCGAUACAAAAGUCCCAAUGGAGACAGAGAUCCUGUGACACAGUUAUUUGGAUGGAGUCCUCGCGGAGCACAGGGGGUCACUCCCGCGAGUACAAAUUGGUGAUGUUAGGAGAGGGUGGUGUGGGAAAAAGUGCCAUCAUCAUGCAGUUUAUAAGUCACAGAUUUCCAGAGGAUCAUGACCCUACUAUUGAGGAUGCCUAUAAAACACAGAUCCGCAUUGAUGAUGAGCCAGCAAACCUGGACAUCUUGGACACAGCGGGACAGGCGGAGUUCACAGCAAUGCGUGAUCAGUACAUGCGAGCAGGAGAAGGUUUCAUCAUCUCGUACUCCAUCACGGAUCGCCGCAGUUUCCAGGAGGCACGGCACUUUAAGCAGCUGAUCUACCGUGUGCGACGCACCGUGGACACCCCCGUCGUACUGGUGGGAAACAAGUCUGACCUGGUCCAUCUCAGACAGGUGUCUGUCGAGGAGGGCAAACAGUUGGCGAGAGAGUUCCAGUGCCCAUUUUUUGAGACCUCCGCAGCAUUCCGUUAUUACAUCGACGAGGUGUUUGCCGCACUGGUGCGUCAGAUCCGUCAGCAUGAGGCCGAGAUGGUGCGGGGAAGCGAGAGGAAAACCCGACGCAGCCAUUCUUUCUGGAGUCGCCUUAAAGCCCCCUUCCAUAAGAAACAGCAGUCCGAGCACUGAGAGAGAAGGGUGUGUUGGGAUACCCUGGCCUUCCAGAUGAUGGUUCUCUCACCUACAGCUGUAUUAGUCCCAGCUCUCUCAGAUGGUUUGAGAACUGUAUUUAUAGUUCCUAUUUGAUUGUUUGCAAUGAUGCACUCCUAAUCAUUUCAGUUAGACAACAACCCUCACUGUGCAGGACACACGCACUCGUCAUAUGGGACGUGGGCUGAUUUACUGAUAUUAGAGAUUAAGAAAGAAAUAUUAAACUUGACAGUAGUUAUUAUUUUUUCUUUUUUGGACAGCAUUAUACUUUGUGAAAGUGAAUGUCAGGGGGAAUGUUGUACCUCAUUUUAACUGAUGGGAAUGUAGUAAACAGGGCAUGGAAGGAUUUGUUACAUGUGUUUUGGAAAGAAUGAAGCGAAGAGAGGAAAGGUCAUGUCAGGCACUUGUCAGAGAUUUGCUUGUGGGAAAAUAUGAAGGUCAGUUGAGUUUAAGAGAGCAUGUUGUGCAGAGUAGAAGGAAAGAGCGAAGUGUGUGCGGAGGUGGGUAAAUAGGCAAGGGUUUAUGGUAGAAAUAUUAAUCUACCAGUAUAAAGAGUACUGUAAAUCAUUCCUUUAACAUGGCUGUAGUUUUGUUAGAUGCAUUUAAAAACCAUGCUGUAGUUUUAAAAUGAAAAUGAGCGUUUGAUUUGCAACUCUUCUUUAAUAAACUACGUGUCACAAUAACAUGUCCGGGUCAUGAAAAUAACGUCACAAUGCAAAAAUGCUCCUAAAAAGCCAUAAUCUUCUUGAAUCAAAAUAUAAUUUAUUAUAUUUUGAUCUGAAAUAUGACUUGGACAUGUUCUUGAAGGUUUCGUGAGAUUCAGUCAAUCGGGGUGCGUUUGAUGGAAACAGCUGUAUGAAGUAGCUGCAAAAUACACUGUAUGAAUGACUAUGUGAAAUCUUGCUGAGCAAUAUUCAGGUCCACCUUUAAGCAUUUAAACACACUUACCAACUUGAUUACGAUGGAAAGCAAAAUUGUUUCCUUUUUACACAAGGUAAUUUUUAUUCCAAUGGUUUCUGUAGCCAAUGUCGCUUAGGAAGGCGAGUCCUUAUGUGGAUUUCCUCGUACACAUGCUGUGCACUUACUACGCAUCAAAUUUGAAUGGUAUGUCUGUUCAUUUUGGCAUUUCAUGCAAAUUCAUGUCAUUAUUUUUCAUGUGAUUAUUAGAUUUUAUUUUUUAUUUUUAACCAGAAUGGUUUUACUAUAUUUCCUUUAUUUAUUGUCAUCUGAGAUUGUCAAAUAAAAUUCACUUUACCAAUCUA